CCUGAAAAAGGCAAAAACCAAUCUCGAUUUUGUGUAAAAAGUCAAAAAUCAACCAAUUUCUCCGGUUUACCUAAUACCGAACCAAAUCCUUUUUUUCCUUUUCUGAAUUUUCCUCUUCCACAGCCGGCCAGCCCUAAGUAAGUACCUCUCUAACUUCUCCUUUACUCUGUAUUUAACAGAAAGAACCAAAACAAACGAAAAAAAUGGAUUUAGGGAUUUCGAAAAGCCAUGACCUUUAACUUGUCAACAAUGGCGACCUAACUUUUUUAAUUCCAGAAAGUAAGCAACUUUAAGCUUCUCCAUCCUCCUCUUAUUCAAUUAACAUUACCAUUUUUAUUGGAGCUUUUUAAUCAGUGCAUCAGAAUCGAAUCUCACACCUUUUUUUGUUUCUUCCUCUUAGCCCAUCUUCAAAAAAACCCAUCUUUUAACUCCAGAUCUGGUUCCAUAGGAGAAACAAAUUCGUGGGUCAUAAUAAAAAUCCGAUUUUUUUGAUUAAAAGAUGUGGUCGGUGAUGGGAUUAGUGAGACGUACGGCUAUAUCAUCCACCGUGAAUAAAUCUUCUCCGGUUAGGUCUUUGCUUGGUGGGUUUAGGUGUCUCAACGUUGAAGAUGAGAAAAAAGAUAUGACUGUGAUGGAAGCUAAGAAGUUAAUGAGAUUAGUCAAUGUUGAAGAUAUGAAGAAGAAGCUUAUUGGUAUGAGUGAUAAAGAAAUGGUUUCUUAUACUACACUUAUUGAAUCAUCUCAAGGUUUAGGUAUCGCUAAAUCUCUUGAUGAAGCUCAUGCUUUUGCUCGUGUUCUUGAUGAUGCUGGUGUUAUUUUGAUUUUUCGUGAUAAAGUCUAUCUUCAUCCUCAUAAGGUGGUGGAUUUGAUAAGAAAGGCAGUGCCUUUAGGUUUGAAUCCAGAGGAUGAUUUGAUUAGAGAAGAGUUUGAUAAGAUGAGAAGUAUGAAGGAAGAGAUUGAUGUGUUAGCUCAUCAACAAGUGAGGAAGAUUCUAUGGGGUGGUCUUGGUUACUCAGUGGUUCAGAUUGGUAUCUUUGUUAGGCUAACGUUUUGGGAGUUUUCUUGGGAUGUGAUGGAACCAAUAACGUUUUUCACUACAGCUACUGGGAUUAUUGUGGGUUAUGCUUAUUUCUUGAUGACUUCUAGAGACCCAACGUAUCAAGAUUUCAUGAAAAGGUUGUUUCUUUCUAGGCAGAGGAAGUUGCUUAAGAGUCAUAAGUUUGAUGUUGAGAGGUUUAAGGAACUUGAGAAUAAGUGGAAGAUAAUGUCUUGCUCUUCUUCUUCGUGCCACGCAAAUGCAUCGAUUCGGAAUCGUGUUGGUCUUGAUCUUGAUUUGGAGGAUUCUUUGCAGAGUCGUCAUAGAGAUUGAUUUGGCUUUAUGAUCCAACAUCAGUUUCUGGUUUUAUCUAACCAUUCUCUUUUUGAUUAUAUUACUUAACCAGAUUUUCUUCUCUCUGGAGAUUUAUCAAGUUUGAUUAUUUGGUGUUGAUUGAUCCAAAGAGUUGGAGUAGUCAUGGGAGAUUUUUAUUUGAUAAUCUUGAGCUACUGCUAUCUAAAUGAGCUCAUGUUUUAAUCUUUUUCUAUGGUUAAGGAUUUUGAUGGAUUAUAAUAGUCUAGACUGUGUAGUUAACUAUGAUUUUGGGUUCUUGGAUUUAUCUUUUUUUCUCUUCAA